AUGGAGGUUUCUGUGGAAGCAAUGCAGACGUACAGUCUCUGUUCGUUUGUCUUCUACUUGUAUUUCUUCCCAAAUAAUUCUUUUUGUUUGUUUGUUUUUUAUCUUACAGCAAUUGGAAGACUGUGUGAAAAAUGCGAUGGCAAGUGUGUGAUCUGCGACUCGUACGUGCGGCCCUGCACGCUCGUGCGCAUAUGCGAUGAGUGCAACUACGGUUCGUAUCAAGGGCGCUGCGUGAUCUGCGGAGGGCCGGGAGUAUCCGAUGCCUACUACUGCAAGGAAUGCACCAUCCAGGAAAAGGAUCGAGAUGGUUGUCCUAAGAUUGUCAACUUGGGCAGCUCCAAGACAGAUCUCUUCUACGAAAGGAAAAAGUACGGCUUUAAGAAGAGGUGAUCCUACCUGUGUGUGGCUGCAGCUCYGGUUGGGUUGGCGAGAAGGUUUUGGAACAUCUCUGGACUUUUUUUUUUUUUUAAUUGAAAACAAAGUUGAUCUAUUUUUCUGAAACAGUACAAAUUCAGUAGCUUGGUUAAGGUUGGAGAAGUUACAGACUGAGUGGGGACCAUGGCUAGAGCUGAGUAUCAGAAAGGGUGGGUGGGAAUUGCUGUCUUCCAGCUUUCCARAAGCUUUGCUGGUUAACUCAGUAAAAGCCAAGAGCCCCUUCUGGGACCACCCUGCAUCAGUUCUCACCAGCCCCCUCUCAGUUAGUAGAAGUCUCCCCACAAAGCACUGCUGAGGACAGAGUGCCAGCCCCCGUGUCCGACCCCCAGCCCAGGAUCUUUCCCUGCUGCCCUUCUUUGUAGGGAAGCUGGCAGUGCUCGUGGCUGGCGCGGCCUCGGCACAGCACAGCUCUUCUGUGCUUUGUCUGAUGGAUUAGUCCAAGGCCCUGUAUGUAACUCUUCCUGUAGCAUGCACACCAAUAAAGCUUUGACUUUGGGUUUUUA